GCAUGGCUAGCCUGGCGAGAGGGAACACUAGUUGUUACCUGUACCUUACAGAACCACGUCUGCUGGAGGUUACUUCGUAUCAUAGAGCAGAUAGGUUCCUGGUAAAGACAUGAAAGAAGGAGUUCCAGUGCCAGUCAAGAAAUCUGAGGAGGCGAAAUACGGAUACGAUCAACAUCUAAAUGACAACAUGUUACCAUUUGGAGUUUAUCCAAAAGCAACUAAAAAACUUGUUAUAUACAACAGAAUGUCGAAAUGUGGAUCAUCAACGAUGCUUUACCUUCUGGGCCAAUUGAGAAUAAGGGCCAAGUUCAACUUGAUACGAUCAACAUUAUAUGGUGAGAAAAACCACCAAUUAGAUAAGGAGGGGCUUGGUGAAUAUGUAAAAUCAUUUCAAAAUCUUACUACAAAUAAAGUUAUAUUUGAGCGACAUAUAUAUUUCAUGGAUUUUGAAAAGUUUGGGUACAGGCAGCCAAUAUAUUUUAAUAUCAUAAGGGAUCCCUUUGAGAGAACUUUGUCACGUUUUUAUUAUCAAUUUACAAGGCUUAACUCUAGGAAAAAUAAAAGAAUUGAAUUCUAUAAAACUCAUUCAAAGAAUGAAACAUUUGAAAAAUGUAUAAGAGAUAAUCUCAACAGUUCUUCCUUAGUUACAAAAUGUAUGUUAGUUGACUACGACGAUUAUGUUCGAUGGUUUUGCGGGCAUGAAAAUGAGUGCGCCAAUGUGGACUAUGGCCUUGCAAAAGCAAAAUAUAACAUUGAGAAAUACUACAUGUUGAUAGGGUUGACUGAGGAGUAUACACACACUGUACAUGCCUUGGAAAUGCUUCUGCCAUCAUACUUUAAAGGCAUGGUACAAUUUUACAUUCAGUCAAAAAAGAAACAAAAUGCUACACCAUCAUCAAGAAAGAAAAGACCAUCUAAUGAAAUCAUUCAGUUUAUUAAAAACAGAUACAAGAACUCUUAUGAGAUAUACAAUUUCGUUAAACAAAAGUUCUAUUUGACUAUUAGAAGCCUUGGAUUAAAUGUCUAGAGAGAUAAACAGUUGUACGACAAAGACAUGUUUUAUUGACCAUUUGAGAAUGCUUGGAAUUUGUAGAAUUAUAAUUUCCAUCUCAGUGAUAUAUACUUUUUCAUAAACAACUAUUAUAAUUGAUGAUUAAUUAUCCCACCGAACGAAGUUGAGGGGGACAUAGAGAAGCCGGCCAUUUAUCCAUCCGU